AUGGCUCCUUCCAAUUCAAGAAAGCUUAAUUUCUUGCUCCAUUGCUUGAUUGUAUGCCUUGCUUUUGUUGCCUUGAUAAACAAGGCAAAUGGUCAGUCCCUGUCGCCCAAUUACUACGACAAAUCGUGCCCGGCAUUCAAAUCUACGGUUAAAACCGUGAUCGAUGACGUAAUGUCUGUCGCAAAAAGUCUUGCCGGACCUCUUUUGAGAAUGCAUUUUCAUGAUUGCUUUGUGAGGGGUUGCGAUGGUUCCGUUUUAUUGGACACUCCAAAUGUUACUGAAAAGUAUGGCCCCCCAAAUCUUAGCCUAAGAGGAUUUGGUGUCAUUGAUAGGGUGAAGACAGCAGUUGAGCGGGUUUGCCCAGGUGUUGUUUCAUGUGCAGACAUCGUAGCCUUAGUAGCUAAAGACGUGACCGUCGCGACAAAUGGACCGUCAUGGGAAGUUGAAUUUGGUCGUAAAGAUGGAAAAACGUCACUACUUGCCGAGACCAUUAACGGCAACUUAUUACCGCCUUCUGCCAACAUUAACGCUUUAAAACAAGGAUUUUUAAACAAGGGUUUAAGCAUCAAGGACCUGGUUGUGCUAUCAGGAAGUCACACCAUAGGAACAUCUCACUGUUCAUCAUUCGACAACCGUCUCUACAACUUCACCGGAAAAGGACUUAACAACGACUCGGAUCCCAAGUUGGAUCCCAACUACGUUGUGAACCUGAAAAAAAAAUGCAAACACGGCGAUCAGACGACGCUGGUGGAGAUGGAUCCGGGAAGCUUCAAGACAUUUGACAAAGAGUUCUAUACGUUGGUGGCUAAAAGAAGGGGACUUUUCCAUACUUGA